UUAUCUCAGUCAUACGAUCCAAAACAUGUUGAAAGCAAAUGGUAUGAUCAUUGGUUGAAGAUGGGCUUGUUCACUGUCCAUUCUCAAGUUUAUAAAAAUGAAGAGUGUUUGAGGGAUGGGAGGUUCAGCAUGUGCCUUCCACCGCCCAACAUCACUGGCUGCCUCCACAUUGGACAUGCACUCGGUUGCUCCAUACAAGAUGCACUCUCUAGAUGGCAAAGAAUGAAUGGGAAGCUGGUGACCUGGGUGCCAGGCUGCGACCAUGCAGGCAUCGCUACGCAGGCGGUGGUUGAGAAGCAUUUGUUGAAGACGAAGAAUGUCAGGAGGCUUGAUAUUGGAAGGGAUGCAUUUAUCCAGGAAGUGCACAAAUGGAAAGAAAUAUAUGGGAACAGAAUCUUUGACCAGAUGAAGAUGAUGGGCUGCUCACUUGAUUGGUCCAGAAUGUCCUUCACAUUGGAUGAGAGGUUGAGUCAUGCAGUAAACGAGGCGUUCGUGCGGCUCUUCAAGAAAGGAUUGAUAUACAGAAGCAAGAGACUCGUGAACUGGUCGUGUGCCCUCAAGUCAGCCAUCAGUGAUAUCGAGGUCGUUGAAAGCUUACAAAUUGAAGAGCCUACAUUCAUCAAAGUGCCAAAUUAUGAUGAAAAAGUUCUCUUUGGAACACUGACCACAUUUGCUUAUCCCAUUGUUGACUCCAAGGAGGAAAUAUGCGUGUCAACAACGAGGUUGGAAACUAUGCUGGCAGAUGUGGCUCUUGCUGUCCACCCCUCCGAUGGAAGAUACCAACACCUCAUUGGCAGAUUUGUGCGUCAUCCAAUCAGCCAGCAACAGUUGCCAAUUAUUUCUGAUGAAAAAGUGGACCCAAAGUUUGGAACAGGAGCAGUGAAGCUGACGCCUGCCCACGACGUGUUUGACUUUGAGAUUGCCGACCGACACAACCUGCCGGUUGUCAACAUGUUGGAUGACGGAGGCCUCCUCGUAAAUGUCCAGCCACAAUUUUUGAACAUUCCGAGGUACAGAGCUCGUGCGUUGGUUGAAGAACGCUUGCGAGAGUUGGAUCUAGUGCGAGGUGUUGAGAAGCACAGCAUGAGUUUGCCCAUCUGCAGCCGGUCCGGAGAUGUUGUUGAGUAUGUUGUAAAGGAGCAGUGGUUUGUUAAGUGCGAUACAAUGGCGGAAUGUGCCAUCAAGGCAGUUGAAUCAGGUGAGCUGGAGUUUGUUCCGGCUCAUUACAAGAAGCAAUGGUUUGAUUGGUUGCAUAACAUAAGGGACUGGUGCAUAUCCAGGCAGUUAUGGUGGGGCCACCAAAUACCUGCAUACAAAAUUAUAAAAGUAAUCUUCAAUAAAAAUGAACCGACCAACGAAAACGUUGAAUGGGUAGCAGCUCACAGCCAAUCAGAAGCUCGAAAAAUGUUGAUUGACAGUGGGAUGAAAGAGGGGUCUUUUGAUCUUCAAAGAGAUGAUGACGUUCUGGACACGUGGUUCUCAUCAUCAUUGUUGCCGUUUUCUAACUUUGGAUGGCCUCAUGAGACACUCGACUUCUCCCAAUUAUUCCCAACUGACUUGCUGGAAACGGCCAGCGAUAUAAUGUUUUUCUGGGUGGCGAGAAUGGUCAUGAUGUCUCAACAGCUGACUGGAAAGUUGCCAUUUAAAAAAGUGUUGUUCCACAGCAUCGUGCAGGACGCCAGAGGGAGGAAGAUGAGCAAGUCACUUGGCAACGUCAUUGACCCCAUGCACGUCAUCAAUGGAGUCUCACUGGAUAAAUUAAUAUCAUCUCUGUCGGAAUCAAACUUAAGCGAAGAGGAAAUAAGAAAAGCCGGUGCUGUUUUAAAACGGGAUUUUCCAUUGGGAAUUCCCGAAUGUGGUGCUGAUGCUUUGAGGUUUGCUCUCCUCUCAAAUAAUUAUUUAGGUCAUUAUAUGAACAUUGAUGUUAACCACUUCAAGUCGUGUAGAACAUUUUGCAACAAGAUCUGGCACUCUUUCAAAUAUUUCAUCAACAAAUUCAAUCAUCACAAAGACAUCUCCACACAGUUAUCCACAUUAGACAGUUGGAUUCUUAGUCGGUUACGUAAUGUUGUUGAAGUUUGCCAGGAAAGUUUUCAAAACAUGCAACUCUUUGACGCAGCGAAAUUGUUGCAGCAGUUUUGGUGGCUGGACUUCUGCAAUAUUUACCUGGAAUGUACCAAACCAAUUCUUGGUGGAUCCAAGGAAUUGCCAACAAACGUGAAUGUGGUGAUGUCGGUGAUGUUCACGUGCUUCAAUACUUUCUUAAAACUCUUGCACCCCUUCAUGCCCUUCUUAUCAGAACAUCUCUACCAAGAAUUG